AUGUGGACACCUCGUUCCGAUGGUUGUACAACGGCGGAGCGGUUGCGAGCAGCGCGUCGGCGCGAAACCGCCAAGCUCUACGAAAAUACAUACGAACUGCGGCGCCGUGGCUACAUCUGUGAUGAGUCCGGUGCCACUAAUGCUUGUCACCGGAGGGCACUCGAAAAUAAAGAAGGAAAUCGCAGCGGAUGUGUGACGGAAGAGGUUGCUGACAUACGACACCAGGAGCCCGCAGCAGACGUAAUGGUGUCUAUAGACGAAGGGGGAUCGAUCAAAGAAGGGGAAUGUCAAAAUGUAGAGGGGCCGCAGGGUUUAUAUACAACAGGUUCUUUCCGACGGACCUCGACGGUGUCCGUUUCAACCGUUGAACAACCAAUCAAACUGUUAGAUGCCGCUUGGAGUCGGUACGACACACAACAGGUCCCUCGAUGGUCUGUGAGCGGACGUAAGGCUGACAAACACCGAAAGAAUCGAGCCCCGACGUUGUCACGCCCCUCUUCAGGGCCCUUCGUAAGGUCACAUAUGGGUAGCGCCUCGUCGUCCAAACGUGUAGGUGCUGCUCCAUCAACCGCAUUGCCCGCGCGGCUGAACUGCUUCCCCCAUGUUCCAAACCCAAGUGAAGGAACUUCCGUACCUCCUUCCACUUCAGCCACGACAGUUUCCCUGACGCCUGCAUCAGGGAAAGUCGGUAGGUGUUUUACACCCUCCAGGAGGCGCCGCCAGUCCUGCUGUCAACCCCGGGGCUCAGCAGAGGUGCAGGACAGAGACCGCAAGAGGGCUACUGGCGUUGUAACACUAACUGGGGAUGAGUACAUGCGAGUGCAACAAAUAAUUUCACGUGUGUGA